CCUGGGAAGUCGGUUCCAAAGCGCUCGAACCACUUAUUAGCAUGUGGCGGGGGGAAAAUCUCCAUGCCAUACGUCAGCAUCGGCGUGUCAAAUAAUGGCGAGCCAAAAAGACUCAUUUUCGAUGAAUCUGCAGACCGGAAGAUCCCAAAUGGAUGGCGCUAUAUCUCACGAAGCUUCAAAAUCCCCACAGUUCUUGUUUGUUGGUGGCCCGUCGCUGAGUCGAGGGGCCAACUCCAGAUCUAGUAACACGCGCUCAGUUAUAAUUCGCCGGCGACUCUCCGAAAAGCGCAGUACACACCGGCAGAGGGAAGAAGUUAAGAGACAGGAAUUGAUCGCUCAACGUCAGGAACGCGCUGCAUAUCGAUCGGUGCGUUGGUGUGCCUGCGAUGGAACGGCCAGGGGCCAGGCCCAAAAUCAGGUGGCUACCGAUAGGCUCACAGUACCCCGGACACGAAAAAGUGAUGGAACUGUUGCCGACAUAUGUGGCACCUGCGGAUGGUUCCGAGUGGCCGACCAGGCGUAUGGCAGCAACGCCCCGGCUCCAUCUCUAAGCCCUGUCAAUGGUAGGGCAGACCCUUUUUCAUCUGUGGAUCCAUGCCUAGGUCCAGGUGUGGAGGAUUUAGUUCAAUUUGCCCUCAAGAAUAUCUGGCCAAAUUUCCGCCGUACAGAUUACUCGAGGCGAUGCUACCAAUCAUGGAUCGUACCGAACCGCGAAAACAAACUUAUUAUAUACUGUAAUUUAUGGGCUGGAUCGUGUCAUCGCGACGUUCUGCGUCUUAGCUAUGGAUCCGAUCCAGUACUGGACAUUAAGGACCAGUUAUACUACAAGGGGCGAAUUCUGAGUCUGCUGCGUGAGCAUGUGACUGACUUUACUAAAGAAGAAUGGCGAGAUGGGAUCAUUAUGGCGAUUUUGUAUCUGGCUGUCAAUGAGACCGAAAGACGAGACCUUAGCCGUGAUCCAAGCCCUUUCACGCCACCGUUUAUGGAUAUGCAAAUGCUUUCAUUCUACGGGAGUCGGGACUAUCACACCAUGCAUUGGGGUGUGAUAGUGAAUCUGCUCGGCCAACUGGGCGGGAUCCAGUCUAUCAAACUAUUCGGCGUCGCUUGGCUGACCUCAAUCUCGGAUCUGAUGAACGCGACCCAUUCUCUAACUAAACCACUUUUCCCAAUUGUGGACGUCGAGGGAAAUGUGACGACCUUUCUACCACCCUUGCACGCUUUUCCCUUCCCGGGUGAUCCAUCCAGGCAGACAAAACUCGGCUUUAGGGUUUUGCUGUCCGCCCACCCACCGGUGAAAGAUGCCAUCGUGGACGUUUUCCUCCAUCUAAGCCUAUACUCUAGGAUGGUACAACGGCGCUACGGUCAAGACCUUGAGCCAUCAGAUUGCGACCGUUUGGCUAAUUUCCGCAAUCAAGUCCAUCACACCCUCUUCAGCCUGCCUGACGAGCAAGACCCCCCUGAAACAGUCUUUGAUAUGGGUGACUUAUUCCCUGGCGACGUUUCUGUAACCCAUGAGCUGUACCUUACCUGCCGAUUGGCAGCGAAGCUGUAUGCGACACACGUCACCUUUCCUGUGCCGCGAUCUGCUUUGCUUCGCGCAAUUAUCCUUCCGCCUCUUGCCAGCAAGCUCGACCAAAUAACGCAGAGCAUCUCAAGUCUAUUGAUUUUAUGGUGUGCGACCGUGGCGGCCAUCGCGGCAGAAGAGACACCAGAAAACUGCCAAUUGACUGAACUUGUCCAAGGCCUCUGUCAGCAGUUAAAGAUCACAUCAUAUAAAUCGUUCAUCAAUAUUUUGCAAUCCUUUGCCUGGGUGGAAGUUGCAUGCUCGGAGGGAUGUUAUCGCCUGUGGAAGAGAUUGACGGUCGCUGGCUCGGGUGAUCGCCUGUAGAGAUAGAUAGGAGACUCUAUAUGGCGUUGAGACUAUUUGGGGGAUCUGGUGGACCCGGACAACGGGGUUAGGAUUGGCACUUUACAUGUCACAUGAGGUAGACAAAUCUUAAACCAAUUUACCUGAUACAAUCUGGGA